GACGUUUUUAAAAAAAACUGCUCUGAAAAACAAAAUGUCUUAUUGUGAUAUUCUUUUAGAGAUUAUUAAAAGCUUUUGAUUUAAUAUUUAAAUUACUGGUCUGUACUUUAAAAAAUUUUAGAUGGUCCUGAAACUAACUUUGGGUCACGCUAUUUAUAAUAAAUAUGUACAUUGCAUUCAAAUGGCUGAUGGUCAUGGCCUUAGCCAUGUGGCUGUGUCUGUGUUUUGUGGAUAUUUAUCAAAAUAAAAUAUAUGAUUUAAUAAACAUAGAAUUCAAAGUCAAAAGUAUUUCAGCGCCUAUGUUUAAAAACUUAAGUGCAAAACAACAACAGCCAUACAAACGUAAAGAAACUCUCAAUUUAAGAAUUAAAAAUGGUGACAACAACCUGUUUCAGUACGUGAUGUUCGUGGCUGGUGCAUGUAUGGUACUAAUUUAUAACAAAAAAAAUCAUAUCAUAUUAUAUUCUACGGAAACCGUGAGGAGAAUUAAUAUAAUUCUUCUAAAAAAAAUCAUCGUAAUUAUAAAGGAGUCGAUUCCUUUCUUUACUGGGACUGUGAUUAGGGGCGUCCAGAGAAGUUUGAAAGCGAUAAAUAAGGUUUUUAUAAAGAUAAAGGCACACACUUCAAGUAUAUAUUCCAUGUUUAGACAAGAAAACUAUAAAAAAGUGAAUAUAGUUUUACUAGAAAAAUUAAAAGAAUUAGGACAAGAACGAAAAAAUCUCAGUCAACUUCUAAUGGCCGCCAUCCAAGAAAAUAAAAAUAUUAGAAUGAGAUGUCAGUUGGAGAAUUUGGCAAAAAAUAGACUGGCGCGUCACAUCGAAAACACACAAAAGCAAAUAAAGGAAAACAAAACGAGAUAUGUAAAUUUCCAGCAAUUGUAUUUGACAACACAUCAAGAAAAUAUUUUUCUAAAAAGCCGAAUGAAAAAUCUAACAAGAGAGAAAGACGAAGCGGAAAGGAAUCUGAUUAAACUUGUGAAUCAAGUUUGUCAGUCAAAGAACAACGACCUCAAAGCUUACUGUAGUCGUUUUAUUGUUCGCACUAAAGACAAUCUAUUAAAUUCUGACGUACGCUCGGAAAUACAACAGUUCCUUCAGAAGCCAGGACAGUCCAGUGAUAAGAGUUCUGACAUUGCCAUAAGCCACAAACUCACUGAAUGUCCGAGUAAGAAAUUUGAAUUAGCAGAAACAUUGCAAAACGAUGAAAAUCUGAUCGACUUAGUUGAAGACGCCCCGAAAUUGCGAGGUCUACCGGGAGAGUGUGUUUGGACGGUAAAAGACAAAGAAGGAAUGAUCCAAAAACUUUAUGAGUACGAAACUGAAUUUGAUAACGGCGACACGAUCAGACGAAUAAGACAAUAUUCCGUUUAUCAUGAUAAGGACUGUUUGUUGGAUUUCUCUAAUUCGACGACGUUUAUCAGAAAUUCCAACAUCGAUAUUUCUACACUGCGGAAGUCUUUUGUGAACACGGAUAGCAAGAUAACAAGUCAAAAGUUCCUAACAGAUUCACCAGCAUUUCAAAAUUUCUUACAAAAUAACAAGAAUAUUGCUCUGCGAGAACCAUUGGCUUUCGCGCCUUCUUUAAAAUGUUGAUUUUAUAUGCGUGUUUGAUCUGAAAACAAUUUUGUAUGAAUAUUUAUAUAUAUUAUUUUUUUGAAAA